AUGUCAAAGAUACCUGUUCAGUCGUUACUGAACCCUGAAAGUCCCAGAGAACACUUCUAUAAAACUUACGAAAUAGAACACAAACAAAGCCAACUUGACAGGACAAUACAAAAUCUCUUAACAGAAUUUAAGAGAGUGUUUCAACUUAUUUUAUUGAGCAGAGAAGUCUUUAUUCAACCUAACUGUGUUGAGAUAGAUGACUUUGUAAAAAAGAUAAGGCAAACAUUAAUCUACGAGAGAAGAGGAGGAGAAUUUAAUACUAUCAUUUCGAAAAACGUUUUCAAUUCGGUAUUAUGUCUUCUUAUUGUUCUACAGGAGAAACAGAAAAUAUCAUUAUUGGAAAAUAAUAUUUUAUCCAAAGUUGAAAGUUUUAAGGAACGUAGGUCAGAAAACACAAACACUGUAGAAUUUAGAAUUCUUUCUUCAGAACAUUUGAAUCCAACUUUAAAUAAAGUAGGAAAGAAGAAUAGAUUCCCAAAAAAGAGUAUAAAAUUACUUGAAAAUUGGUAUGAAUGCAAUAGAAAUAGUCCAUAUCUUACGUCAAAUCAUUUGGAUUAUUUAGAAUGUAACACUGGUCUCAAUAAAACACAAAUAAAAAAUUGGGUAGCAAAUAGAAGAAGAAAAGAUAAAAAUUCCAGGGUAUCGUUGGAUAUAAAGAAUAUUUUUAGACAACAAUAA